GUUUUGCAAAAGAUGUAGAAUUUAAACCAAAUUGUAUGAAUUGUAAAUUGAAUCAGUGGAUGGAUAAAGGAUCCGUUGCUGCUUAGUGUUAUAAAACGUAGAAGAACACACGACACAUGAAGAUUUCAGACUAAUAUACUUUAGAGAAGCAUGUUUUUUUUUUGGCAAAUAUUUAGAGAAGAAACAUGAGGUGUCAUUAUGAAACCUAAUGAAAUAAUACCAGGGGGCGUAGACUGAAACUUCUUACUUCUCUUCACCAGGAAAUUACAAAGUGUCGUGAAACUACAACCUAUCAAACACUUUCAUUUACAUUAUAGUAGAAAGAAUCAAAUAAGAUAAUUAAUCCACAAUAGUAGAAAGCGAAUUCUGUCAGAAGAAUCAUAUUUGUACUUCUGCCAAUGCUAAAACAAUCUUUUGAGGGAACAUUGACAGACUGAAACACACAGUAGAUAACUUCCAUGGAAUCAAUAUUAUUCACGAGAUAGAAAUACUGACUUUCACACAGUGACUGAGAUAAGGUGGACAAAAUGGAUGAUUGUGGGAAUAAGGAAAGAUAUCAGUUGCUUUUCUCAUCUUAUCCUUACUGCUUGAACUGUCAGUUACGUUCUUCCUGCUCUAUCAACCUUCAAUCGUACAAAAUUAUUCACAAAUUAUCUUGUACUUUACAAAGACCUUCCUGUUCACUAUCCAUGAUCUGUAAUGUUUGGUUUCUGAAUGGUGUCAUGGUGCCUGAUUGAGAGUUGGACUGUGUUGGACUAAAGUAGAAAUCUACUCGUUAAAAAAUGAAACAGUUCUUGUUCACAUCUCUGAACUGGUUCGGCAGCUUUGGUAAAGUGUAUCCUUUAUCAUAACAUCAGUAGAUAACUUCCAUGGAAUCAAUAACAUCAGUUAUGAUAAAGGCUACAUGUUACCACAGCUGCCAAACCAGAAGAUAAGAUGAUCUUCUUUGGUGUCAUAUUCCAGGAACCAGCUUUGUUGAUAUAGUGACUAAAUACAAAAGGAUGCCCAUCGAGCUGAGUGAUGACAGAGAUCCCUUUUGUUCACAACCUUUUGAGACUAUUGAGAGCUAGACACUAAUAUGUUGUUCUUUAAUCACUGAGCCUCUUUAAUGCAGCAAAAUACCAUCAGUGUGAUGUUUUAAAUUACUGUUUGUGCUACGAAAUACCCCUAAGCUUUAGUGCUGCCUCACAUGAUGGACUCACGCAGCUCACAGUUCAUUGAGACAUGGUCAAAUGACUGUGCUGCAGUUAAAAGACCUCAGCCUUAAGGUCUCAGCUCAAGACCAAGUUUAAGUUAAGUACUACAACCUGAUCUGGAUGCAAUCUGAUGGGUUCUUCCCCGACUUGUACGACAUCCUUCCCACCAGGUUUUGUGGAUUCUGUCCAGUUAUGUUUGUGUAAUCUUGCUCACAACAAACAAACCAACAAACCUACAGAUAGAGGUAAAAACAGAACCUUCUUGGUGGAAGUAAUUCUUUAUUUAAUGAUGGAUGGAUUGCUUCCCUUCAUUAUUUUCCUGUAACCCAUUUAACUACAAACCGUUUACUGUGCUUAUGAGUAAGCAUGUCCUCACUAGUCGAACUCUGUGUCAACUCUGCACCGACAAGAAUACUUUCCGGCCCAGAGGACUUUACACUACGAGACAUUAAACCAAUUAAAACCUGGAAAUAAGGUAACCCGCAGUGCUGUUGAGGAAGGAGAUCCGUUCAUUACAUGGAACUGUGAACAGGAACUUGUAUUCAGUGGAAUAGAUUCUUCUGAUAGUUAAUCAGGAUGAGGUGGUUGUAAAUGUUUUAUUGUGUGACCUCAUCAUUAUACAGGUCAAUACCUAUGUUAUCAAACUCACUUGACGGUUGUUGAAACCAACGCCAUUGAAUCUUCCACUUCACUGACUUUAUCACCGUGUACCCGUCUUUCUUUCAGUGACCCUGUGCAGUAGUCGUCACCAUGGCAGAAGCUCACCAGGCGGUGGCCUUCCAAUUCACUGUCACCCCCGAUGGCAUCGACAUGCAGCUGUGCAGUGAGGCCCUGCGCCAGAUCUACCUCUCAGGCCUCCACUCCUGGAAGAAGAGGUUCAUUCGCUUCAAGAAUGGAGUAAUGACUGGUGUGUACCCGGGCAGUCCAGGUGGCUUCAUGAUCGUGGUUGUGUCCUACAUGUCCUACCAUAAAUACCGACAGCUGGAUCCCUCUCUGGGGUUGAUAGCCAAGCUGGGCCAACACAUACCGAUCAGUCGAUACAUUUCCACAGACAACCAGAUGAUAGUUGGAGGAAUCCUGGUGGGCACGGGCCUGUGGGUCUCCAUAAUCAUGAUAAUGAGGAAUGCCCUGAAAAGCCUGUUGUCGUGGCACGGCUGGAUGCACGCACGCCACGGCUCUGUGUCCUUUUCUACCCGUCUGUGGAUGUUAUUAGUGAAGGUGUUCUCUGGCAGGAAGCCCAUGCUCUAUAGUUUCCAGAACUCGCUGCCAAGACUACCUGUCCCCUCCGUCAAGGACACCUGCAGAAGGUACCUGGAGUCAGUGCGCCCGCUGAUGGAUGAUGAGCAGUAUAACCGCAUGAAGGACCUGGCUAAAGACUUUGAGGAGAACCUGGGACCCAGGCUGCAGUGGUACGUCAAACUCAAGUCGUGGUGGACCUCCAACUAUGUGAGCGACUGGUGGGAAGAGUAUAUUUACCUCAGAGGCCGUGGACCAAUCAUGGUCAACAGCAACUAUUAUGCCAUGGACUUCCUGUACGUGUUCCCCACCUCCAUCCAGGCGGCCCGGGCCGGUAACGCAAUCCACGCUAUCAUGCUCUACAGGAGGAAGCUGGACAGAGCGCAGAUCAAACCUAUUUACUUGCUGGCGAACAAGGUUCCUCUGUGUUCGGCUCAGUGGGAGCGGAUGUUUAACACCACCCGCGUCCCUGGUUUGGAGACAGACGUCCUCCAGCACACGAACGAGAGCAAACACAUCGCUGUGUACCACAAGGGCCGUUUCUACAAGGUGUGGAUGUUCUACGACGGGCGGCUGCUGUUGCCACGGGAGAUCGAGCAGCAGAUGGAGAGGAUCUUGGCGGACACUUCGGAGCCUCAGGAGGGAGAGGAGAGACUCGCUGCCCUCACUGCUGGGGAGAGGACCCCUUGGGCAAACACCCGCGAGGCCUUCUUCAGCCGCGGUAAGAACAAGCACUCUCUGGACGCCAUUGAAAAGGCCGCCUUCUUUGUGACCCUGGACGAAACGGAGCAGCGCUACGACGCAGCCAAUCCCGUCACGUCUCUGGACAGUUACGCCAAAUCCCUGCUGCAUGGAAACUGCUACGACAGGUGGUUUGACAAAUCCUUCAACCUGAUCGUUUUCAAGAACGGCACCAUGGGGCUGAACGCAGAGCACUCCUGGGCCGAUGCUCCGAUCAUCGGUCAUCUGUGGGAGCAUGUCCUCUCCAUGGACCCUCUGAAGCUGGGAUACGCUGACUCUGGUCACUGCAAAGGCGAGCCCCACCCCAACCUGCCCGGCCCUCAGAGGCUGCAGUGGGACAUCCCUGCUGAAUGUCAGGAAACCAUCCAGAGCUCCCUGACCGUAGCCCAGAAUCUGGCAGAUGACGUGGACUGUCACAUUAUCCCCUUCGCUGACUUUGGGAAGGGUCUGAUCAAGAAGUGCCGCACCAGUCCCGACGCCUUCAUCCAGAUCGCACUGCAGCUCGCCCACUACAGGGACAAAGGGAAGUUCUGCCUGACGUACGAAGCCUCCAUGACGCGCUUGUUCCGUGAAGGCCGAACAGAAACCGUGCGCUCCUGCACGAUGGAAACCUGUGCCUUUGUUCAAGCCAUGAUCAAAGACGAGACAAGAGAAGAGCGCCUGAACCUGCUCAAGUUGGCAGCGGAGAAGCACCAGAACCUGUACCGCCUGGCGAUGACCGGACAGGGCAUCGACCGCCACAUCUUCUGUCUCUACGUGGUGUCCAAAUACCUGGGAGAAGACUCAGCUUUCCUCAAGGGGGUCCUGUCUGAGCCGUGGAGGCUGUCCACCAGUCAGACUCCUCUGCAGCAGGUCGACCUGUUCGAUCUGGUCAAACACCCAGAAUAUGUGUCGUCUGGUGGUGGAUUCGGUCCGGUGGCUGACGAUGGUUACGGUGUCUCCUACAUCAUCGUUGGUGAGAACCUCAUCAACUUCCACAUCUCCAGCAAACGCCGCAGCCAUGAAACUGACUCGCAUCGGUUUGGCGGUAACAUCAAACGGGCCAUGCUGGAGAUCCUGGAUCUCUUUCAGCUGGACAAGAAAACCAAGUGAUCCUCCCUCCACACAGGAACACUGUUUUUUUUAGCAAAACAUAUUCUUCCUCAUACUUGUACAGAAUCAAAUGUUGGAUUUUGGGGUUAUUUUAAAGCUAAAAGUGAUGUUACACAAGCAAGAACGACUGACAAGUUUAUUUUGGAAACAUUACUGUCAAUAGCUGUGACGCUUUUAUGUGUAAUGUAUGUACAGACCGGGCGAGACUCUGGUGGUGUAGGGGUUCGGGUCGUGCACAGAUCAAAGUUGUAAUUUACAGAACUGUACACACUCAUACCUAGUACUUGAUUAACAUGACUCGUGUAAAAAAGGGCUGAAAGGGAGGAGAAAAAUAGUCGAUCUAGUCGGAGAUGAAAUAAGAGACGGUAAAGGAUAGUUAAUUUGCAUCAUCCCAUAUUUGAAUUGCAGUUUAGAACGUGAAAGAUGCAAUAUUUUUACCUGUUUUUGUCCCAUUUCAAAGAAAGUCCAAUCAAUUAUUAAUUUGUGUUCUUUAACUUUCCUCAUUGAGUCGAAUGUAAUCGGCCAAACAGCAAACCUGAUGUAAAGUUGAACAGAUUUUGCAUGUUGCGUGAGGUAUCCAUCGGUUUCACGAGGCCAGAGCAGCUAAACUACACAUGUAUAUUAACAAGAAUUAUAAAUAUUCCACAUUGAUACAGACGACACAGAGCUGCUCCACCCCCCCCCC